GAGUGAGAUGACUAAUUUCGAGAUAAUUAGUCUUGAAAUAACUUGUUAGUUAAUGACUCUCUUAUCUAUGUCAUUAGUGAAUUGAAAGGGAUAGUCUCAUCAAUGUAUCAAAUCUCAAUUUCUACUCUAAAUUGCUUUAUUCUAAUGCCAUAUUAGGAAUAUCUUCAAGUGUGUAACAAUCAAAAGCUUUAUGCCAUAUUAGGAAUAUCUUCAAGUGUGUAACAAUCAAAAGCUUUUUUCAGGGGUAGAUUGGCUAAAUAUCAAUCUUUUUAAGCUGUUACAGACUGUUGUUGGUAUUGCAAAUGUGCCACAAUCUUGUUCUUACUCAUUAUAGUUUAUGCCCUCUAGCUUUAGUGUGCAACGCAGUAACCUUCUUCUUUCCCAAAUUCAGAAGUUCAUACCUAAAAAGUGGACAAGUGUAAGAGAAUCAAACACCCGAAAAAACUGUGGCCAAACCUUGCUGUGUAGCUCACAUGAAUGUAUUUCAGGGCCUUGUAAAGGAAGUAAUGAAUCAAUGGUGGAUUGCUUACUGACAACCUUGAAGGACUUUGCAGGCCAAGGCCACAUAUGCAAAGCCUUUAGAACCUUUUCUCUAAUACGGACUCAUGUCUCUUCUCAAACCCCUUGUGAUCUUGUUAUACAGUCAUUAUCAUCUCUUUUAUUAUGUUGUACUAAUAGCAAGUCACUCUCUGAAGGGAAACAAAUUCAUGCAUGCAUUAUUAAUUUGGGCAUUGCACAUAGUUGGAAUUUGGUGCCGAGGAUAAUCACCUUUUAUACGACCUCUGGUUUAGUUGAUGAUGCUCAUGUAAUUGCUGAAACUUCAAAUAUCUUGCACCCGCUUCCUUGGAAUCUCCUUAUUUCUUCUUAUGUUAAAAAGCGGCAAAAUGAGGAGGCAUUCUCUGCCUAUAGGCAGAUGGUGAAUAGAGGUAUAAGACCUGAUGAUUUCACUUAUCCGUCUGUUCUUAAGGCCUGUGGUGAACAACUAAAUCUUGCUUUUGGCCGUGAUAUUCACAACUCUAUAGAUGCUAGUUUACUAGAGCAUAACUUGUUUGUCCAGAAUGCUUUAGUUUCUAUGUAUGCAAAGUGUGGGGAAGUGGAUGUUGCACAUGAUAUAUUUGAAAGGAUGCCAGUUAAGGAUGCAGUUUCUUGGAAUUCGAUGAUCUCUGGUUAUGCUUCCAAAGGUAGGUGGAGUAAAGCUUUUGAGAUUUUUGAUAGAAUGAGGGCUACUGAUGCUGAAUUCGAUAUUAUUACUUGGAACACCAUAGCUGGAGGUUGCUUGAAGACAGGUAACUUUGUUGGGGCUCUUAAAUUGUUAUCUCAAAUGAGAACUUGUGGAAUUCAGCUAGAAACUGUGGCAACACUUAUUGGCUUGGGUGCAUGUUCCCACACUGGUUUGUUAGAAAUUGGAAAACAGAUUCAUGGCUUAGUGAUCCGAAGUCACCUUGAUGAUUUUGAUAAUGUAAGAAAUGCUUUAAUCAAUAUGUAUGCCAGAUGCAAGGCACUCAAGCAGGCACAUCUUUUGUUUCAGUUUGUUGACUCUAAGACUGUAAUUACUUGGAAUACAAUCAUAUCUGGCUUUGCACAUUGGGACAGGUCUGAGGAAACUUCCUUUCUUUUCCGAGAAAUGCUGCUUUCUGGUGUUGAGCCGAAUUAUAUCACUAUAGCAGGCAUUCUUCCCCUGUGUGCUAGGGUGGCAAAUUUACAACAUGGUAAAGAAUUUCACUGCUAUCUUACAAGACGUGAAGGGUUUGAGGAAUAUUUGCUCUUGUGGAAUUCUCUUGUGGAUAUGUAUGCAAGAUCUGGAAAGGUAUUAGCAGCCAGAAAAUUAUUUAAUUUGAUGAGCAAGAAAGAUGCAGUUACCUACACUUCGCUGAUAGCAGGAUAUGGUAUUCAAGGUGAAGGAAGAGAAGCAAUUGAACUAUUUAAUGAAAUGAUAAGGCUCCACAUAAAACCAGACCAUGUGACCAUGGUUGCUGCUUUGUCAGCCUGUAGUCAUUCAGGCCUUGUGAUGCAGGGCCAGAAACUAUUUGAACAGAUGCAAAGUACUUAUGGUAUAAAUCCUCAUUUGCAACACUUCUCUUGCAUGGUUGACCUCUUUGGUAGGGCUGGUCUACUUAAAAAAGCAAAGGAAAUCAUUAUAAAGAUGCCUUUUGAGCCGACACCUGAAAUGUGGGCAACUCUCCUUGGAGCAUGUAGGAUUCAUAGGAAUACUGAGAUAGGAGAGUGGGCAGCCGAGAAACUGCUGGAGCUGAGGCCUGAUAAGCCUGGAUACUAUGUGUUGAUUGCUAAUAUGUAUGCAGAUGCUGGGCGUUGGAACAAACUGGCAAAAGUGAGGACCGUCAUGCGAGAUUUUGGUGUAAGAAAGUCUCCAGGAUGUGCUUGGGUUGAUACUGGUUCUGGCUUUUCCCCCUUUUUGGUUUCAGAUACCUCCAGUGGCCAAACAAAUGAAAUUUACUGUCUACUGGGAGGACUGAAUAGGCUAAUGAAAGACACUGGUCAUUUGACUACAGAGGAUUCGUCUUCCGAAGAAGAACUUUGUGAAGGACUUCUUUUGUAGUAAAGAAAGGCGAGACUAUGUCCAGUCCUUUGACUGUUCCCACAAGAACUUUGCUCAUGUUUCCUGUUGCAAAGUAUUUGUCAUCGCUCAUGCAGAAUAUGUGCCAGUUUGAUCAAACAUUCUGUUUUUUCUGCCACGGUUGAGCCUUGCAGGUUUUGGAGAGUAAGGAAACACUUCUAGAAUCUAUACCAGUCUUCAAGUUUUGUAGGCUUGUGAUCUCAGUUGCAAUGCCCAGGGUUCUUUCCCUGCAGCAUAUGCUUCAUUUCGCAAGAUAAAUCCCUUGGUGCAGACUCAUUCUUUUCCAAAUAUUACGACCGUUCAUUUUAUACUGAUGCAGUUUUUAGAAGCAAACAAUGGACGAAAAUCUGGCAUUUAAAAUGCUAGAAAACAACUUGAAGUUAAUCUGGGAUCAUUGUUUGUUAGAUGGUUCUUCAAGCUGACCAAGUUUUGCGGCUAUGAAUAUAAUGUAGAUACGGAGAGAUGGUCCGUAGUCCUGCACGAAGAGAUAGAAGGUUAGAUUAGCAUUACUAAACUGAACCUUGAAUCCUGGAAACACCAACGUUAGCCUGAAAACCUCUUUCAAGAAAAGAAAUACUUGUAAAACGAACAUAUAUUAUUAUUACUCAUAUGUGUUCCACACCAAUGUUUUAAAGAGGCAAAGUGAGGUGAUUCAUUGGUGAAUUUGUUCAGUUUGAUGUUGACCUUAAAUGUAUCAAACAACUGGGCAGAAGCUGUUGCUCUUCUUUAUGGACACACAUGAAGCACAAAAAGAGGACAUACAAGAUUGAUUACUGAGAGUGUCCUCCAAAAUGUUAGUUGAUUGUAUCAAAUGGAAUAAUUGAACUCCAUGGAGGAUGCUUAAUGAAGUAAGGAUGAUCAAAGAUUUGCUCAAUCCACAUUCAACAAUGCUUUUAGAGAAGCUAAUCAAGUAGCAGACAGAUUAGAUUACCUUGAUGUGAAUGUCGAGAUACUCUUUUUAUCCAUUUUAUUACAUCUUUGAGUCUUUUAACGUAUCAUUUUUAGGUGAAAGAUAUGAAUUUUGUUAAAUGUAUUUGAAUUUUGAUGAAUAUGAAUUCAAUAGGUUUAUAAUU